GUUUUCGACAUUCCUACCCUGCCGAUUCAACCCACGGGUCCGCUUCUUCAACGAACCUUCACCUCGUUCUGACAUAUUCUUAUUCGGAUACUUAUUCUUCAGCUUGCUUAUGGUUAUUCCUCUCAAGUUGGUGGCAUGGAAUCUCAGGACGGAAUUUCCGUCCGGCCUAUGAGGCUGAAGGUACUUUACACAUUUGACGAUGCCAGCAAGACAAAUUGCCUGGCCAGGUGGCCUCAUCUUCUCGAUGUCCAGACUGCUGCCCUGGACGAGAAGACGCAAAUUGGGGUCAUCGAGCUGAAGACUUGUAUUCAGGCCAUUGUCUCCGCCAGCCCCGAAUUGGUUGCGAAAUUGGGACAAGACUACACCGUUUAUGCCUAUGAUUAUUCCGAAUAUGAGACGCCUUUGGUUGGACAAGGAAUGUUAUCAUGGGUUCUCGCUUCGGCUUCUCCCACGCCAAAUGCCCCGGCUCAUCAAUCCGAAACCAUGGUUACUGGUCGUGUUUGCAAAAAUGUGCUGGGAUUGUUCUCGAAGGGUGCUCAGGAGACUCUGGAGGUGAAGUUGCGGUUGGUGCCUGUUCCCACGGUCAUGCAGAGCGAAUACCUGGAAAGCAUGCGGAAGUAUCGGGAGUUGAGCACUGUUAUUCCCCACGAAUUCGAUGCGCAAACGUGGACCAAUUUCUUGCGCCAAAACCCGGGUUUGAUGACCCCCACCAUCACCCAGCAACUGGAACGGACGGAAUCGCCCAUGGACCACGCCGGAAUUGAGCGUUUUCAUCAAUUACUUAGCGAGGGCUCGACGCCAAGGGAAUUCCCACCUGUCUCUGCAAAUGGGCCAUAUCGAUCUGUAUCACCUUCGCAGUCCACUUUGGCAGCUGGAAGCAGAGUAUCCACCCCUGGGGCCCAACGAUCACGUUAUCAGCAGGAUCAACUUUCUCAACCGGCACAGCAACAAUUGCAACAACCCCGUUUGGACCGCGCACAGAGUGAUAUCAUCCGUCCGUCCUCUAGUGCUUCUAUGCGUGAUUCAGACUUCACUAUUCAGUCUCGGUAUGCCAGCCGCAGGGGAUCCAUUCAGUCGGGUUACGGUAGCUGCGAGGAAUCCGGAGAGUCCCAACCUCGGAAACGAGCUAAGCUGUAUCGAGCGGAAUGGCCUGGGAAGUCGGACUUCAAUAUCGAGAGGCAGCCGAGCUCCCUGCGGGUAGCGGCGAGUACAGCUGCUUCUGUUCGUAUUCACCGCCCCACGCCAAUCAAUCCUGCUAUUGCUGCUGCUCAGAACUCCCAUGAAGAACCUGUUAGGCCACCCACCCCUAUCUCCAAUACGAAUGACCUCCCUCGUCGGGCCCGCGCCAUGCCGAGUCUUCUGCGUGAAUCGUCCGUUCAGAGCAACCACUACGAGUCCCCGUAUAACGCGAGCGAUGACCAAACUCCUAUUGAAUUCAACGCGCACUCCCCAGAAGAGUCUCGUUACCAAGGUCUUUUCGAGCCUUCAUUCAGCAUGCCAUCCUCUCCCCCCGUAUUGGACUGCAGCUUCCCAGCACGUUCCAGCCCAGUUCUCCCACCUAUGGUCACUGAUCCUGAUUCUGGAUUCAUGAGUGGUGGCGUGGAAGAGCUUUUAGAUGAAGACAUCGGCACACCAUUAGAAGAUUAUACACGGCCUGUGACGAACAACACUGGCAGUGAGAAGCGAAGAGAUCACCCAGCAGUGCAGGCCAGUUCACCUGUUGGCGCUCGCCUGAACCAGGAGACCCGAAAUGAGAAUGCCCUUGUCGGCGAUGAGUCCCAAGGACAGCCUGCGAAGGAAUCAGCACCCGUACCUCCCCGUGCACCAGCUAGCGCCGCGGGCUCGAGGCCGUCUUCGCGCGCAAGCUUUAGACAGGCUCCAAAGCCUCUGGCCCCUGCUCCUAUGUCCCAGAGCGAAAUAGAGCAGCUGAUAAGCGCAAUCCCCGCAAGUGACCCCGUCAUGCCAUCACAACCUCAAGGCCAGAAUUCCGCUUGGGCAGCUGGCCCAAUGAGUGAUUUCACCGCUGCAGAGACCCCUGCUCCGCAGCGGGUUGCAGAGGACGGUAAGGUCCGCAGCGGGGCGGGUGCGAGAAGAUUGAGACAGGUUCAGGCACGCCUCGAUAAAUGCAUUCGCGAUGGGCAGGUUCCCCCUUACUGUGAGAAUUGUGGCGCGAUUGAAACCCCCACAUGGCGUAGGGCCUGGUCCAAGGAGAUAAUUGGGAAUGAGCAAGAGGCCGAUGAAAUGAAGAAGGAUUCGGGCAUGUUGUUUUGGCAGUCUCUGGAGCGGAAUGAUCAAGACAAAGUUACCAAAUUCAAGAUCUACAAGAAGAGUCUCGCUGAUGUCGACAAUGACUUUGCUCAAGUCCUUCUUUGCAACCCAUGCGGCCUUUGGCUUCACAAAUUUAAGUCCAUGCGACCAGAGAACAAAUGGAACAAGUCUUCGAAUGGCAAGAGGAAGCGUCCCCCUAGGAACCGCAGGGGAGGCGGGCCCCUUUCAACCAAUGGUGCUGCAACUAGGAGCCGGAGCAGAGCCGAGUUGACUAAAGUGGAUGGUUCCUCGCCCGUCGCAUCCGAUGCCUCGUCGCCGGCAGCAGAAGACGGCAUAACCCCUCGUGAUAGCAACAGCAACGAAAACGAGAAUGAGGAUGAUUCCCAGGAACCCCAGUCCAAGCGGCGGCGCGCAACCAGCUUGGAGCCUCGGAAGUCAUCCGACACUACGGGAAGUCGUUGGCAAGAGGACAAUGCGAUCGAGGCCCUCAGGCGAGCUAUCCAGUCUAGUCCUGCUAGGAAUCUCGAAAGUCGCAAUUCUGCCACGGCGGGUGAGAAUAGUCUUACUCCCAAAUCUGUACGGAGAGUUCUGUUUCCUAAUUCGCAGGCUGAGGGCGGCCCUUUGAAAGCUCUAUGCGAGUCGGUUCUGAACAGCCCACGCCGUAGCCCUCGUGUGGCUUCGCACGAGUCUGCCAAGCAACCUCAGGACAAAGAGAAUGGCACUUCUGACCUAGACUGUCUCUUUGAGAGCCCUAGCUUCGAGCUAGACUUGCCUACCAGCCCUACACCAAGGCGACGCAAUCCUCGCACCGGCGUGUUGGGUGAAAAGUCGCUUUCGUUGCCGGGUCAAUCACCUUCGUCGUCUAAAGUACGCAAGGACAUCAACACAACCCCCACGAAACUUACCGCGCAACGGCUCCAGCGCAUUCAAAAUAGCCCCGGGUCAACGUCACGCCAGGGUAAAACCCCUAAGCAGUCGCGCCUUCACAUGCCUGAAUUGCCAUCUCUUCCCGACGAUGCCUUCAGUGCGGAUGCAUUCGACGGAAUGGAUAAAGUGAUUGUGGAUAUCUUCUCUGAUGCUUCUGCCACGAACGCUGACUCCUUGUUCGGCUUUGACCCAACCAAAUGUCCGUCCAGUAGCAACUGGCCAGAUUGGUUGCCGUCCGACUAUGUCUCGCCCAAUGGAUCUGAGGAAGAGCAGAACAACGGAGAUGAUGAUUCUGGUAAUCUCAUCAACACGCUCUUAUCCAACUCAGACCUUCAUAAAGAAAACCACUUUGAUAUCUUCAAUCUUGAUUCGAACAUCCUCGAUUCUGGAUUUUUCAGCUCUGAUGCCCUCGAUACCGACGUCAUGGCCCUGAGUGCCAAGGCUAAGUCGGCCGAGGUAUCGGGCCACAAAGAACAAGCACAAAACAAUACGCCUAAUGCUUCAUGAGUUCCUUUGACUAUUAAUUUCUUUUUUACCCUUUUACUUAUAUUGUGAUG